UAAAAACAAUGAGUGAUGGUAAUUUUUGAACAGCUGUGUGUUUGUGAACAAAAUUAAGAAAAUUUAAUAAAAAUUCUUUAAAUAAAACCAUUCAAAAUGUAAAUCAAAUGAUAAUGAUUCGAUUACAAAUAUUUUUAUUUCAAUAAAACAUAAAUUUUGAUAAAAUUUCAUCAGCUGAUUUGUGUCAAUUUUAACUUAGUGCCAAUUUACCCAAGAAAAUUAUAGGAAAAUUGACUAUCUGAAGAAGUAUCAUGAAACUAUUAGAAAAUUUUAAUGAAAUUUAUCAUGGUUAAUAUAAUUAAUUGAGUUGAAAGUUAUAAAAUUGAAUCAAGAUGGUCUCCCCGGAAAGCAAAACGAACUGUGAUAAGAGUAAACAAAGUACGAGUGCGAUGUCUUCAUUGGAGCAACAACCACAACCAGCUAGUGCAAUUGCGACGACUACAUCAGCUACAUCCUCCACAGUGACCAACAAUGAGUGUGGACAGCAACAUAGACGUGGACAUCGUCGUCAGGAGUCCAUGUAUGCGAUGACUGGUUUGUAUGCGGAAACUCAACCCACCGAAGAAGAUAACGAUGAAGACUUACCAGAUCAUACAGAAAAGACUACAACUUGUUGUCAUGAAACGGUUGUUAUUAAAUGCCAUAGUCGAAAUCCAUCCUCUACAAUUAUUGAUAGGGAACGUGAAAAAUCUCAUGUCACAUUUCCAGAACGCUCCAAUAUUUUAUUGGAUGAUUCCAAGGAAUGUGGAAUAUUAAAUUGUAGGCCCAUGUUCUUACAAAAAUAUGCUGGAAUUAAGGUAUUUGUAUUUUUAUUAUCAUUCCUCGUAACACUGCAACAAGCCCUUAGUUCCGGCUACAUAAAUUCUGUGAUAACUACAAUUGAAAAACGUUUCGAGAUCCCAUCGAGUUUAUCUGGUUUGAUUGCGUCAUCAUAUGAAAUUGGUAACGUGAUCACAGUGAUCUUUGUCUCAUAUUUGGGUAGUCGACGUCACAUACCCGUAUGGAUUGCAAUUGGAGCUGUUAUUAUGGGCAUUGGCUCCUUAAUAUUUAUAUUACCACAUUUUAUUGCUGAAACUAAUUCAGCAACACUUUUUCAUAAUUCAACAAAUGACAAUAUAUGUAGGGGAGUUAGUUUACGCGAAGAUAUGGUUGGUUUAGGUCGACUAUCUUCAGGCCUUCAAGCACCGCCACUAGCGCCUCAUAAUAAUUUACGUGGAGAUAAUUGUAUUCAGGGUACUCCAUCGACAGCCGCACCUGUUAUGUUGUUUCUUUUAGCACAAUUGCUUCUAGGAUGUGGGGGAUCUCCCCUCUUCACACUAGGUACCACUUACAUCGACGAUCAUGUACGUCCGGACAGCGCUUCGUUAUAUAUCGGAUGUAUGUACAGUAUGGCAGCAUUUGGUCCCGUUUUGGGAUUUUUACUGGGAGCAUAUUUGUUAUCGUUUCAUAUGGACUCGUUAACUAGUGCAACUAUUUCAAUUGAUCCAGGUGAUCAUCGUUGGAUUGGAAUGUGGUGGGGUGGUUUUUUAUUAUGCGGCCUUUUACUUAUUAUUGUAGCAAUUCCAUUCUACUCAUUUCCAAAGACUUUAACACGCGAAAAAGAAAAAAUACGCUUAAUGGAAAAGUCACGUCCACAAACUGCAACAUCGUCCAGUGGAAAUAAUGGUGCGCAGCAACAAUGUACCAACAAUGAUACCGGAUACGGCAAAGAUAUUAAAGAUAUUCCGCGCUCCAUGUGGAGACUUGUAUGUAAUCCUGUGUAUGUGGUCACAUGUCUUGGAGCAUGUAUGGAGUUAAUUAUUGUUUCUGGAUUUGUAGUAUUUUUACCCAAAUAUUUAGAAACGCAAUUUAGUUUAGGCAAAAGUCAAGCUAGUGUUUUUACAGGGUCAAUUGCAAUACCUGGCGCAUGUAUUGGUAUUUUUAUGGGUGGAUGUUUACUGAAACGUUUGGAACUACGUCCGAAAGGCGCCGUACAAUUCGUUUUAGUUUCGAAUGUGAUUUGUUUGUCAUGUUAUGGAUUAUUAUUUUUCUUGGGUUGUGACAAUGUCAAGAUGGCUGGAACAACUAUACCAUAUUAUAAUAGUUCACGUACUGAACCGUUUCAAGUCAAUUUAACUGCCGCAUGUAAUUUUGGUUGUGAGUGCCGUAUGAACGAUGUGGAACCCGUUUGUGGCAACAAUGGUCUCACUUAUUUUAGUCCUUGUCAUGCAGGCUGUACUGCUUUUUCAUCACGCUCCAAUUAUACGAAUUGUGCUUGUAUUCAUGCAAAUUUGAGUUUGUGGCCAGGUGUUGCGAGUCCAGCCUCGCUACAAAGUCAACAGAACGACUAUGCUGAAGUGACUGUGGUGCCUGUGGCUACAGCUGGUCCUUGUAAUUCAGCAUGCCGUACAAUUUAUCCGUUUUUAAUAUUACUAUUUUUUAUGACAUUUAUCGUAGCGAUUACCCAGAUGCCGUUAUUAAUGAUAGUACUUAGGUCUGUAAAUGAAGAAGAACGUUCGUUUGCACUUGGAAUGCAAUUUGUAAUAUUCCGUCUGUUUGGAUACAUUCCUGCACCAAUACUCUUUGGUAAUUUGAUUGAUUCUACGUGCAUCUUGUGGAAGAGUACGUGUGGUGAACGUGGCGGACGUUGUUUACUCUAUGAUAUCGAACAAUUCCGUUUCCGUUAUGUAGGAUUAUGUGCUGGCAUUAAAAUUAUUGCAUUAGCUAUAUUUUUAAUGGAUUGGUGGCUUGUACGCAGGCGUACUACACUUGAUGAUGUCGCUGCUCUCACAACAAAUGAUAUUGUGGGUUCCAUAAUCAGUCUCGAUAAGUUAUUCGAAGAAAAAACAUCUGGUAAAGAUGAAAUUCGAAUGUCGUCACGGGAAUCAUCGGUACAAUUACCAACUGAAAACACAAGUAAAAUGCACAACACAGAAGGCAAUUCUACAUUGAAUUCUCCGCAAAGUCAGGAGAUCAACAACACAACAACUGCCUAAAGACCUUCUAAACAAUCCCUCGCCUUUCUCACCAAUUUUUCUCCUAUAAUGUAUGCCCAAAAUCGUACAAGACACGCCACACGCGAUUUGAUAAUCCAGUCAGUUAAAUAUCUGUUAAAUUGGGGCUUUUUAACCAGGCUGUGAGUCUCAAUUAUAGUUUUUACCAAUAGCUUUACCAGUCCAGUCCAGUCCAGAGUUCAGUCCAGUGUGAAUCAAGCUUGCAACUGCAACUUUCACACUCAACAGUUUCUUGUUGUUUUUGGACUUGUAACUAGACUGGACAGUGGACGUUCGUAGCUAGGCUAGCAAUAGUUUUUCAAUUAAACUCAUAACUAGUUCAAUCCAAUCCAUGAUAGAAUUUAAAAUAGAUGGUGUUUUAAUAUCCAGAUCCAAAACCCCCAUCAAAAAUCAUUGGCAGUGGUCGAUUUACUAAUCGUACUACUUAUUACUGCAACUUAUUUACCUGCAAAAUUUAUAAAUAAUGGCCAAAAUUAUGGUUUAAUGCCUUCACUGCAUUCACAGCGUUAUGUACAUUUUAUCUAACGGGACUAAAGAGACAUAGUCCCUAGGGCAGGGUGGCCAACAACAAUACUUUCGUAAAACUCGAUCGCGUUCGUUCGUAAUAUAAUACUUCAUAGUGAACUUUGUGAUCGGCGGCGUGCCCAAAAUAUUAUUGUUGCCCUAGUGACUCUAAUUUGGUAAUUUUCACUAAUAGGACACCAUUCUUUGAAGAAAAGUAAAAGAUCAGUAAAAAAACAAACUGAAACAAGCUAUGGAGUUGCUCAAAGUUCCUCAUUCAUGGUAAAUUGUUUCUCCGAAAUCAUAAACAAUGAAAUUUUUAAAAAGGGCUUAAACUGAACUUAAAGUUAAUAAAUUUCGCGUGUUGCAACCCCCCAAAAAUGUAUACAAGCACAUUACAUCACCUCACAAUUUAAAUUUUGUUCAACGGUUUUUCUAUUCUGGAAAAAAUUUCAAUUUUUAGAUCUUAGAAAUGAAAAGGCACUGAAAGAGGGGCAAAACGUACGAAUUACUUUAAAUCCGCCACUGAUAUGAUUGGUGUUUAGAAGUCCGUGAGUGACCCAUUGACCCAUUAUGACCUAUGUAAUAAAUUCCUAAAUCCUUUUUGUUGGGUAUAAAAUAUCUGUGUUAAAAAUUUUAAUCGAUCAGUCGAAUAUUACAUUAUGAAUCAUGUGUCAUGAAUCAUGUGACUGUGACUGUGACUGUGACUCUCAAAGAAUCUCUCUAUGUGGCUAAAAUCCUAAUUUAAGAAUCCUUACUUGACAUUGCUCCAUUUCCGAUUUUGGUUAUUUUCCAAAUAUAUUCUUCUCGAAGGUAGCGAUGUCUCUCGAAAUAACUGAAUUUUUAGCCACAAUUAAUGUGCAAUUAAAAAAAUAAUUAUGUGUAAUUAAAAUU